CCAAACAGCAGACAUAUUUCUUAUCGAAAAUUCGAAGAUCGUAGUACUUCAAAAAUUCAUUUCCCAUAACCUUCUAAAUAGUAAAAACCAUAUUUAAUUUUUGGAUCACAUGAAACAAUGGCUGCCUACUCUGCCGUGACUGUUUUCCGGCAGACACUGGAGCAGCUGCUGGAUUCCGACCAGUUUCCUCCUCAUGUUUCUAAGACUCAAAUCGUAUCCCUCCAUGAAAACGUCUGCUCCUUGCAAUCCUCUCUCGAUAAAAUCCCCUUCGCUCCUAAAGUAAAGAGAGAGAAAAUGAAGGAUCUGCAAAACAGAAUCAGAGAAGCCAUCUACGCAGCUCAAGACGAGGUUGACUAUUGGAUCAGAGGCAAUUCGCCACAUGGAUCCGAUGAAAACACCAUGAAGAAGCUCGAAGAAGACAUAAAACUGGUGGAAAAAGAUGCGGUGGAGAUGGAGCGGGAGACUAGAAACGACGGGGAUCUGUUCCGAGAGAGUUCCCCUCAGCCUCGGUUCAAUUUCAGCAGCAAAGACAAGAUCGUGGGACAGGAGGAAGACUUCAAAGUGGUGAGCGAGCGGUUGGAGUCGGGCGAGAAAGCGCGUGUAGUGAUUCCCAUCACCGGGCUGCCUGGCAUCGGUAAAACUGCUCUUGUCAGAAGUAUCUACGACGAUAUAGAGACGAGGAAGCAGUUCAAUAUUCGAGCUUGGAUUACAGUGUCACAAGAUGUCAACUACCAAGAGAUGUUCUCCAAUAUCUUGAGCUCUAUGGAGAGCAAGAACUACCGAGCAGGGCACUACGCCUUUGUGGCCGACGAGCAGAUCUUGCUCCUACGCCUGUAUCAGGAGCUUUCCAAUCUCAGGUUUCUAAUCGUCGUGGAUGAUGUCUGGGACACUAAUGUUUGGGGUCGGCUGGAGAUGGCCUUUCCUGAUAACAAAAACGGGAGUCGGAUUCUUCUCACAACCAGGAUUCUGGAGGUGGCUCGUUCAGUCAGUAGAUAUGGAUUUAUUCAUCAUAUGAAGCCACUGGGUCCGGAACACAGCUGGGAGUUGCUGUGUUAUAGGGUAUUUGGUGAUAAACUUGAAGACUAUGAGGAUGACAUUACAAAAGCCUGCCCUGCUCAUUUAAAGGAUAUUGGAAGGAGAAUCGCAGAGAAGUGUAAUGGUCUUCCUCUGUCAAUUAUGGUGGUUGGGGGACUCCUCCUUCAGGAGAGAGCAAACUUAGAGUACUGGAAAAGGAUUGAAGAAGAUACUGUUGGUGCUGCUGCAGUUGGUGAUGAUUCUUACAUGGAGAUCUUAUCCCUCAGUUACAAUAACAUGCCUGCUUAUCUCAAACCCUGUUUCCUAUACAUGGUAGCAUUCCCAGAAGAAGCUGGGAUACGUGUCUCUAAACUCAUCAAACUUUGGGUUGCUGAAGGCUUCUUUCCAAAACCAUCACUUCCCACACAAACCAUGGAACUUGUGGCGCACAAAGCCUUGGAGGAUCUUAUAGACAGAAAUCUCAUUUCAAUUAGCGAGAAAAGUUCCAAUGGUGGAAUCAAAGUUUGUUGGAUGCACGAUAUUUUACGGGAAAUGGCUGAGAUAGAAGCCAGAAAAGAGAAGUUUUUCCAUUGCAGGAAGAAGUAUGAUCAGGGACUAGAAGAAGGUACCAAGUUCCAGAGGCGCGUGUCCGUUCACAAAAACCUUCUCAUGAGCCUCGAAGAUGUUUACGAGACCACAAAAACAAUCACAUCUGCACGCACUCUUCUCUACGUAGGGCCCCAUCACCACCACCCCUUGCCUUUCUGUUUAACUUUCGAUCUUCUCAGAGUGUUGGAUGCCUUCACAGUCUACUUUGUUGAGUUUCCUGAUGAAUUUCUUCAACUUGUUCAUUUGACAUAUCUUUCUCUUACCUACAAUGACGAAAUUCCUCCAGAGAUAUCCCUACUCCAGAAACUCCAAGUUCUCAUGGUCCAACGAAAACCCAAGCUCAUAUUCGUGGGUGUAUCGUUCUUGCCUGAUGAAAUCUGGGAGAUGCCGGAGUUGAGGCAUCUGUGGUUUACGGAGACUGAUUUUCCACCUCUUCCAUCUGCUCCUCGAGGCGACAUAUAUAUGCUUUUCAACCUCCAAACUCUUGCAAGUGUCAAUGCUGCUUAUUUUACUGAUGAAAUCCUUGGCAACAUACCUAACUUGAGGAAAUUGGCAAUGUGGAUUGAAGUGCCGGAUAAGAUCGGUUUCAAUGUUGCCAAGCUGAGUAAGCUCGAGCAUUUCAAGCUCAUCGUGCUUAAACCGAUCCCUGGAAAAGGGAUCGAAGUUGAGGCAGAGAACUUCUUCCCCAGAACACUUAAAAGAGUGACUCUGAGUGGCACUGGACUUCCAUGGGAAUACAUGGAAUUCUUGGCUAAGGAAUUGAAGGAUCUUCAAGUGCUGAAGCUCAAGGAGGUGGCUUUCCAUGGAGACGAGUGGUGCCCCGACUAUGAGUUUAAGCAAUUGAAGUACCUAUUGAUUGAAUACUUGCAUUUCAAAACCUGGGAAGCCACAUAUGAGAUUUUUCCGCGCCUGCAACGGCUCAUUGUGAGACAUUGCUAUGAGUUGGAGGAGAUUCCUCAAGAUAUUGGAUAUGUUGGAGCCCUUGAGAUGAUGGAGCUGGUGGACUGCAGCCCUCAAGCUGUGGAUUCUGCAGAGCAGAUUAUUGAUGAGCAGAAAAACUUCGGGAACAAUGGCUUUGAAGAAUCACAGGUAACAGAGCACGACAUCAAUGGAGACAUGGCUGAGCCAUGCCCAACACCCACGACAGAGACAAUUCAGAGUGAGGAAGAACCAGCGCCCGUCGACGAGCUGGAGAAUCAGUCGGAGGUGGACACGGUGAGGAAGCUGAGGCCAAGGAGAGCAAUCAAGCAGCCGGAGCGCUAUCAGGACUUCGUCUCCAAAUAGCUCACCAGCUGUUCGACAGAUUGCCUGAAAGAGCCCGAGUUUUAUUUGUUAUUUUAGUUAAUUAUUUUAUUGUAUUUUUUGACUUUCCUUAUUUCGGAUUAUUUUUGCGUCGAGCGUUAAAAGCUCCAUCGGGUUUUCUUUGUUGGUUCUUUCCCGAUGUUUAGGAUUAGGUCGAACCAACCCUAGGGUUUUAGUCUUAUAAAUAGGGCUAUUCAUUAAUUAUCGUUCCCCAAUUAAUGAAGAAUUAUUUUGCCCACAAACUUGUGCAACACUCAAUUGAAACUUACGCUGCCGACGGAGAGACUCUCCGCGCCAGCUCGUGAAUCAGCC